CGUUUUUCAAAGUAUUUAUGUUUUAUUGGAAUUGGUCUCAAUCGGUUUUAGUAGAAAAAGGAGCUCAGUUGCUCCAAGGUGACAACGACAAAACCAUUCUUUGUUAUCCAGGUGGCUCUUGGGGUUCUACCUUGGACAUGAGCUUGACUUUAUCUUUUUUAAUUUUGUUGCGUUGGACUUUGGGUGGCUUUGUAUUUUAGCCAGUUUAAAGUCCAAUAUUUAGCAAAUUAAUAUAAAUUAUCAAAACUUUUAACAGGACAUUCUUAUGGUUUUUAAAGUCUUAUCUAGAAAUUUUGUUUUUGGGCCUUGGGCGUUGGAAUAGGGUCUUGGUUCUGAAUCUAUAUUCUUCUGGGCCUUGUUUGGAUUAACGAAUAAAUCUCGUCAAUGAUUGUUCAUAAGAUAAAAUUGAUUCUCUUCAUAACAGUAAGCCAAUAUGUUAUAUCCAACAAAAGUUCAACACUCAGAUUCCGCUUCGCACUUCUCGGCCAACUUGCAAGACCCUGAGUGACCAUGGAUGCUGUUGGCUCUAUUUUGGGAACCGUGAAUUUAUUAUGUGCGCCCCUUUCAAAAAAAUUCUCUGCUUUGAAAAGUUUUCAUCAACUUGUAGAAGUAAUUCAUAUCAGGAUGGAAGAACUAAGUGGUCGGGAAAAUGAUGUCAAAAUGGAGAUUGAGAGGGGCAUGCUGCAUCCAAGCAAGAAGCUGAAAAGUGAGGCACAUUUGUGGCUUAAACGUGUGGAGGAGGUAAGACAUGAAUUGAGCAGCAUAGAAAAUUAUAUUAGUGAAAAAGGGAAAUGCAUGAAGGGUUGUUUUCCUAAUUGCUAUACACGAUACAAAGUAAGCAAACUUCUUGCUGAAAAGAUUGAAGAAGUAAAUGAGCUUCAAAGAAAAGGAGCGUUUCCGAAUGGUUUGUUUGUCGACUUUUUGCCAGAAACAAAAAAGAAGAUGCCAACAACAUUGAUGGUUGGUAAAACAACACCCUUGAAGGUUUGCCAGGAAAUUUUGGGAUGCUUGAUGGAUGAAAACAUCAGUAAGAUGGGAAUAUAUGGGAUGGGUGGUGUUGGAAAGACAACUAUUAUGAUGCAAGUGAACAAUUUAAUCAGUGGAGACCAGAGGUUUGACAGUGUCAUUUGGGUGACUGCGCCAAAAAUCUUCAGCCUAGAGAAAUUGCAAACUGGCAUAGCAAAAGCAGUUGAUUUGGACCUCUCGGAUGAUGAUAUCACUAGGAGAUCAACCAUCUUGUUUGACCAUCUGCUAGCCAGGAAAAAGUUUGUACUCAUUCUUGAUGAUUUGUGGUAUGGGUUUUCUUUAGAGGAGGUGGGGAUCCCACAACCAACUAAUGCAAAUGGUUGCAAGUUAGUGGUUAUCACUAGACUCUUAGAAGUUUGUCGGGGCAUGGAAACUCACAGGGAAAUCAAAGUAGAUGUCCUUUCUAAAGAAGAGGCAUGGGACCUUUUCAUUGAUAAAGCAGGAAGAGAUGCAAUACUUUCUCCUGAAGUAGAAACUGUUGCAAAGCUGAUUACUGAAGAGUGUGGCUAUUUGCCACUUGCGAUCAUUACUGUAGGACGAGCAAUGAGGAAAAUUGAUAAUGCAAGAAUUUGGAAGAAUGCAUUGGAAGAACUGAAAACUUCAAGAGCUGAAAUUGAAGGCAUGGAAGAAAAUGUCUUUGCACGUUUGAAAUUUAGCUACAACCACUUGAGAAGUGACAGGGUCCGAGCUUGUUUUCUGUAUUGUGCACUGUUUCCUGACAAUUACAAGAUUGAUGUUGAGGAAUUAGUGGAGUACUGGAUGGCAGAAGGAUUGAUAGAUGAAGUGGGAGAUAGGGAGAAUGAGAUAAACAAAGCACAUGCAGUGCUUCAGGAACUCAAAGAUGCUUGCAUGUUAGAGAGUAUAGGAACUAAGUGGGUGAAAAUGCAUGAUUUAUUAAGGGAUCUGGCGAUUAAAAUCACUGGAAGGAGUCCUCGGUUUAUGGUAAAGGCUGGUAUGAGAUUGAGAGCUUUUCCAAGGAUAUGGAUGGAGGAUGUUGAAAGGGUUUCCUUGAUGGAAAAUGACAUCAGGAUUCUUCCAGAUCAUUCCAAUAGCGUAAAUCUGUACACUCUGCUCCUACAACAGAAUCCUCUCUCAUAUAUCCCUGAAAAUUUUUUUGUAAAAAUGUAUAAACUUAGAGUUCUUAAUUUUUCUGGCUGUCCUAUUAAGUCAAUGCCAGAUACACUUUCCAGCUUACAGAACCUCCGUGCGCUCCUUUUAUGCUUUUGUGAUCUUCAAAUUCUUCCUUCAUUAGCAGAACUCAAGGAGCUGAGAGUACUUGACCUUUCAUAUACCUUGAUUGAAGAGUUGCCACAUGGUAUUGAAGGCUUGGUAAAUCUCCAGCGUGUUGAUCUUUCUUAUACAGAGGAACUACAUGUAUUCCCUACAGAGGUCUUAUCAAAACUAUCCCGUUUAGAAAAUCUAUCAAUGUUUAAAAGCCGAUAUAGAUGGUCACUGAGUUCCCGGCGAUUGGAUAAUGGAGCAAAUCUUGAAGAAGUCAUAAGCUUAUCACAAUUAACUAGUCUUGGUCUCUCUUUUGAAGAUCCAUACAGUUUCAAUAGCUAUGUGAGUUGUGGACACUGGCAAUUCCUAAAGAGCUACCAUAUUGGUAUAGGACAUUUGUCUAGCUUUUUACCUGUUGCUAAAGACACUUGUAGUGUAGAAAUUCAAGGCUGUAACGUUAUUUCUAGUGAGAGUUACAUUCUGCUCCCAGACAACACUCAGCAGUUGGCACUGCAAGGUUGUCAUGAUUUUGAUAUUUUGUCAAAACUGUCUAGUAUAUCAAAACUCACCGACUUAAAGGAAUGUUAUGUCUCCAGUUGCAGUGGGUUGGAAUAUAUAACAGUGGCAGAUGACAAUACUUUUCCAAGCCUCAAAAGGUUGGUCCUGUGCAGGCUGCAAAACCUGAAGGCUCUAUGCAAUCAAAAUGCAGUAGGCUGCAAUGUCCUGUUGAGUUUGAAAACCCUGCAUAUCCAUAACUGUAAUAGGCUCAGAUGCCUAUUCUCAGUUGGUCUUUUACAGUGCCUCCAAAAUAUUGAAGAGAUUGAGGUAUGGAAUUGUCGUUCGCUAGAGGUGAUAAUUGAUGAAGAGAUACCUAGCUUGUCGCUUCCACGGCUACUUCGAUUGUACUUGUCAGCAUUGCCUAAACUGGAAAGCAUUUCCAGAAGGUUAUGUGUCUGCAACUCCCUGGAUUCUAUUGAUGUUUGGGACUGUGGAAAGCUAAAGAAGCUCCCUUUCUCUGUGGACCCUUUGCCUUUAUCCCUCAAGCACAUCAGGGGAAGCAAGCAAUGGUGGGAUGGGUUGGCUUGGGAUGAUCCUGAUGCUCAGAGUUAUUUUCUAGCUUUCUUUAAAGAAGACAGGUAGAAGGAAAACCACUAGAAGUGGCAAGAAACUGAAACUGAAGUUAGAUUCAUAUAACAUGUAAGUACCCAUUUUAAAUAGCUCGACUAGAUUGCAAAAAUGGAUUUCAGUGCAUGAUAUUGUUGACAAAUUCUAUUGUUCAGAUUAUAAUUACAAAUUAAAUAAAUUUUUAUUUUUUAUUUU